CCCAAAGAAAUUCUCAUAAAUCUUCAAAGAAACAUUUCAAACAAUUUCGAUUUGAGCUUCAAGCGUGACGUGAACUAUUUGUAGAGGAUACGAUUAUUGGAAGAAACUAUUAAGAUGUCAAAAAAAAUCAUUUGUUUAUUUGAUAUAGAUGGCACACUAACUGAACCAAGACAACCAAUAAAAAGUAAUGUUGAAAAAUUUCUCUUGAAUGUAUUGAAAAAAGAAUUUGAUAUUGCCAUAGUCAGCGGAUCGGAUUUGGAAAAAAUCAAGGAACAACUUGGUAGUGAAAAUAUAUUUGAUAAAUAUAAAUAUAUAUUUGCUGAAAAUGGACUUGUUGCUUAUAAGGAUAGCAAAUUAUUACCAUCGCAGACUAUUCAAAGUAUAAUCGGAGAAGAUUUGCUACAAGAUUUAAUCAAUUUCACUUUAAAAUAUAUAUCCGAAUUGAAAUUACCGUUUAAACGUGGAACUUUCAUAGAAUUUAGAACUGGUAUGCUCAACAUUGCACCAGUAGGACGUAAUUGUACAAAUGAAGAGCGAAAUCAAUUUCAUGAAUACGACAUAGAAAAUCAUGUGCGCCAAAAGUUCAUACAAGCACUUAAAAAAGAGUUUCCUAACUUGGCUUUGACGUAUAGCAUAGGUGGACAAAUCUCUUUUGAUGUCUUUCCUAUUGGUUGGGAUAAAACAUAUUGUUUAAGGCACAUACAAGGCUACGAAGAAAUACACUUUUUUGGUGAUAAAACAGCUCUCGGUGGCAAUGAUCAUGAAAUUUAUGAAAGUGACUUAACCAUUGGACAUCGUGUAACUGGCCCAGAGGAUACAAUUAAUCAACUAAAUAUUCUUUUGACUUUUGUUAAAGAAAAUAAGAAAAAAGAGAACAAGUAACAAUACGUUAAUAAUGUCCUAAGUUAAAUUGUACAUAUGUUGAUAUAAAUUUCUGUUGUAAAUGUUCAAAUCAAAUUUUCGAUAUAAAGAAAAUAUUAAUAUUUUAAAGAUGUAGAUUUUUUUCAAUAUAUUUCAUAUAUAAAACUUUUCUUUCUAAUUUAUUUUUUAAAAAGGAAUUAGAUAAUAAAUAAAAAACUUAUUCAUUGUCAUUAUACAUUUCACACAUUUUAAAUAAAACAUAUCUUCUAUAUUGUGUAUAUACACCAAAUUGUAUUAAAAUAUAAAUAUAUACAAUUUAU